AUGCCUUCCAUGUUCAUUGCUGUCAGAAACAUUAAGCCGGAACACCAGCAAAGGGCAAUACGAGUUAGAGCAGUUCGUGUGUAUGAAGUUCCUGAGAAAAGGGGAGAGUGGCAAGUCAGUAAGAGCAUGGAAGUUUUGUUCCAUGAUGAAGAGGGAGACUACAUUCAUGCGAGUAUCAUCAAGAAAGACAUUUUAAAGUAUAGAGAUACAAUCAAGGAAGGGAAAGUUUUUGAAAUCAAGAACUUCAUGGCCUCUACAAACUACUAUGUCUACAAGAUUACAGAGCAUGGUUUCAUGCUCAAAUUUAACUACAAAACACAAGUGAAGGAAAUACAUUCUAAUGGCUUUCCUUGCAAAAUGUUUAGAUUAAAGAGUUUUUUGGCUUUGAAAGAUCCUGAUGAUGUGAAUGACAAGGAGCUGAUUUAUGUUAUUGGAAGGGUAAUUGAGAUUUACAAUCCUGUGGACAAGAUUGUAGGGGGGAAGGCCACCAAACUAAUCGACUUUCAAAUUGAAGACAAUGCUGAUAACACCAUGAUGUGUACACUCUGGAAUGAGCAUGUUUCUUACCUGAUGCCUUUUUACAAUAGUGAUUUGAAAGAACCACUGAUUGUUGUCAUUCAAUGCUGUAGGGCCAAAGUUGUGGGUGGUGAAGUGAGAAUAACCAGUUCCUAUGAUGCGACGAAGCUGUGGUUUAAUGAUGAUUGGGAAGAGUUUAAAGAGUUUAAGUCAAACAUGAAAGCUCAGGGUACUCCAAUGAGGAGUCUCAGUACUGGCACACUGCAUUCCAACUCUACAGGCAUUAGUGAUUUUAAUAAUGCUGUUGUUAUUGUCACUAACUGCCAUGAUAUUAAGAAGGUGAAAGAGGAUGGGGACUACUAUGUUGCUGCUGAGAUUCUUGGGUUAGAUUUUGAGGAUGGUUGGUACUACCUAUCGUGCCUGAAACUUGGAUGUAAUAAGAAGCUUAAAGAACAGGAAGGGACUCUUUUUUGUACUAAGUGUAAAAAGACUUGUAUGAUGGGUACAGCUAGGUACAAAGUAGUUGUUAUUGCUCUUGACAAAUCUGGAGAUGCUCCAAUGUUGCUUUGGGAUAGGGAAGUUACAGAGCUUGUGGGUAUUCCUGCCUCUAUUUUGUAUGCAAAAUACAAGGAGCUUGAUGUUGAAGUGCCACCUGAAUUGGAUGCUAUAGUUGGAAUGAAGAUGCUGUUUAAGAUCAACUUCAAACUGGCUCAAAAGAUGGGCCCCAAUUACCCAUUCAAUGUUGUUAGGGUUGUAAGGGAUGAGCACUUGCUUAAGACCUAUGCUGACAGGUUUGUGGAGCAUGAAGAGCAAGACUUAAUGUUAAGGAUGAUUGAGGAGGAAACUAACACCGAUGCAGUUUCUGGAGAAGAUUCUAUUGGAGUUGAAGUGAAUAGCCCUGCCACUGUCCAGACCUCGCAAAAGGAAGGAGAAGACAAUGCUGAAAACUCUGGGGCUAUUAAAAGGUCACUUUUGGAUGAGUUUUCAUCAUCCAAAAGUAGGAAGAAGUUGAAUGACUCAGAAAUCAAACAGGAAAAGUUUUUUUCGGAUGUUUUAGAAGUUAUUAAGAGUAAGGAUGAAAGGUGUCCAAGUUUAGCAAGGAUUCCAUGUGGCCAAGCAAAUUAUUGCGGCAACUCAUCUUUUACGAAUAAUGCUGCCCAAGCUAAAGACAAACGUACGACAACUACUCCUUACUCAAUUCCCCUUGGAGGAUGUUUGUCUGAAAAUAUCACACCAUUGAGUAACAUCACCAACGUACGUUCGUCGAAUACACAGAUCGGUGCAACCAAUUGCCAGCCAUUUGUUUUGGUAGAUAAAGAAAAUCCUGCAUCGACGAUAACACAAGAUGAAUUGGCAAAUCGUAAACCAUUACAUAAAUAUGGAAUUCCCGAUGACCAUGUAACAACAAGAGACUUGCUAUCUGCCUUUGAAGAUGCAAAUAUAUUGAGAAACGAUGAUAGGCAAAACUUCGAUAUGGGGACAUCGUCUGAUCCACAACAUGGUCAAUACUGCGAUUUUGGUGAUGCAACAAAUAAAUGCGUCCAUUGUGGGGCUUUCUUUUGGUUUGAAGAAAGGAAAAAGAAUUUGUCAACAAAAGCAUCUCCACUGUUUAUGUUGUGUUGCAACAAUGGGAAGAUCAAGUUGCCGGAGAAUAAGUUGCCACCAAAAGGUAUAUUUGAUCUCUUUUUCGACAAUGACGAAUUAUCAAAAGAAUUUCUACACAACAUUAGGACCUACAACAACAUGUUCUGCUUCACAUCCAUGGGAGGUAAAAUUGACAAGAGCAUGAACAAGGGGGGAGCACCUCCAAUUUUUCGAUUAAGUGGUCAAAACUAUCACCUAAUGGGCACUCUACUUCCAGAACAAGGCAAAGAACCUCAUUUUGCCCAGUUAUAUAUAUACGACACGGCAAAUGAAAAGAUCAACCGUAUCAAUGCUGUGAGGGCUAGUGGUGAGCAAGAUGACAUUCAUGUAGAAAUAGUGAGUGUCAUUCAGAAAGACCUCGAUGAAAAUAAUGUUUUGGUUAAGUCUUUUCGGAUGGCUAUGUCUGAGUUGGAUAUUAAUCCAUGCGCCGAGGUCAAAAUAAAGUUGUUGGGAAAACGAAAUAGAGAUGCGAGGACCUAUAAUCUGCCGCAAGUUUCAGAAGUAGCAGCGUUAAUUGUGGGAGAUCUGGAUACCAGUAUUGAAGAGCGUGAUAUUAUUGUUCAAUCGAAGGGCGGCCACCUACAGAGGAUCAGUGAAUUAAAUCCUUCAUACUUGCCGCUGCAAUACCCUAUUUUGUUUCCAUAUGGCGAAGACGGUUACCGAGAAGACAUUUCAUUCGCUGACGUGUUAGGCAAGCGCUCCUCAGGUGGUAGACAGAGGAUUAGUCCCAGGGAGUUUUUCUGCUACCGCAUACAGUCUAGACCGUCAGCUCCGAGUACCAUAUUAUUUGCAAAGCGGUUGUUCCAACAAUUUGUUGUAGAUGGCUACACAAUGGUUGAGUCUGGAAGACUGAUUUAUAUAAGGACACACCAAAAAAGCCUAAGGUGUGAGAGUUAUAGUGGAUUGACUGAUGCUUUGACAAGGGGUGAAUUAAGCCCUGCAGCCCAAGGUCGCAGAAUAAUACUACCUUCAAGUUUUACGGGUGGUGCUAGAUACAUGAUACAAAACUACCAAGAUGCAAUGGCAAUAUGUAGAUGGAUUGGAUACCCAGAUUUAUUUAUAACCUUUACAUGCAAUCCGAAGUGGCCUGAGGUGCAACACUUUUUAAAAGACCAAAGGUUGAAGCCAGAAGAUCGGCCGGACAUAAUUUGCCGGUUAUUCAAGAUUAAGUUGGAUGCUUCGAUAGCCGAUUGUCGAAAGAAUAAAAUAUUUGGCUCUGUGGCUGGAGUCAUAUAUACAAUUGAGUUUCAAAAGCGAGGUCUUCCUCAUGCUCAUAUAUUACUUUUUUUGGAGAAAAGUAAAGAAAUUAGGCAAGUUCUUACUCUAGACAACAUUAUUUGCGCAGAGAUUCCAGAUGAAAAGAAAGAUGCAGAGUAUUACCAAGCGGUAGAGGAAUUUAUGAUGCAUGGUCCAUGUGGAAAAGCGAGGACCAAUUCUCCAUGUAUGGUAAAUGGGCGAUGCUCUAAACAUUUUCCUAAGAGAUUUGUUGAUAGUUCUACAUUUGAUGACGAUGGUUACCCGGUAUAUAGAAGGAGAGACAAUGGCAGUGUAGUUACAAAGAACGGUAUCGCCUUGGACAACAGGUAUGUGGUACCGCACAAUAGAUAUUUAUUGCUCAAGUACAAGGCUCAUAUAAAUGUCGAGUGGUGCAACCAGUCACGGUCAAUCAAGUACCUCUUCAAGUAUGUUAACAAGGGUCAUGAUCGGGUAACCGCCGAGUUUUACAAAACAGGCAAUGAUGACGAGAAUGGCAAAGCAAUAGAUGAGAUAAACAUGUACUAUGACUGUAGGUACAUAUCCCCGUGUGAAGCGGUCUGGCGUCUGUUUGGUUUUGAUAUACAACUUCGGGCGCCUUCGGUGGAAAGGUUAAGCUUUCACCUUCCUAAUCAACAGAGUGUGAUAUUUGCAGAUGAUGAUGCUGUUGAGAACAUUGUGAAUAGACCUACGAUAGCACAGAGCAUGUUUUUAGAAUGGUUCGAAGCUAAUAAAACAUACUCCGAUGCGAGAGAGCUUACUUAUGUUGAGAUGCCAACAAGAUUCGUUUGGAAGAAAGACCUUAGAAAAUGGCAGCCACGAAAGAAAGGGUUCUCAAUAGGACGUAUAUUCUAUGUCCCGCCAGCUACUGGUGAAAUUUUCUAUUUGAGGUGUUUGCUGAACAAAGUCCGCGGCCCGAAAAGUUAUGAAGAUAUUAGGACUGUCAAUGGGGUGCAAUAUGACUCAUUCCGAGAUGCGUGUUAUGCAAGGGGUUUAGUUGAUGAUGACAACGAAUAUGUUGAUGCAAUAGAUGAAGCCAGUCAUUGGGCGUCAGCAGAUCAAUUGAGGAGAUUGUUUGUGAUAUUGCUAAUGAGCAGUUGCAUGGGGAAACCAGAAAUAGUUUGGCAUGCCGUUUGGCAACAUCUAUCAGACGAUGCACAAUUCAACGUCCGUAGACAACUGCAGAACAAAGAUUUUGUGUUGACCGAUUCGCACAAAAUGAACUUUGCUUUAGUAGAGAUUGAGAAGCUAUUAUCUAAUCAUGGUAAGAGUUUGAAGGACUAUCCUGAGAUGCCAACUGCAAAUUUUGGUGCCUUAAAUGUUAUUGCAAACAGAUUUAUUCAAGAAGAAUUAGCAUACGAUUGUGCCGAACAGGAGAAAGAGAAUCAAGAAUUGGUAAGGCAGUUAACAGACGAACAAAAGGCAAUAUACAAUGAAGUUUUAACUGACGUGGAUCGCCAGGAAGGGGUGUUAUUCUUCGUUUAUGGUUAUGGAAGGACAGGUAAGACUUUCUUGUGGCGAGCACUUUCUUCCGCAUUAAGGUCUAAGAGUCAAAUAGUGUUCAAUGUAGCUUCUAGCGGCAUAGCUUCGCUUUUAUUGCCCGGUGGCAGGACGGCACAUUCUCGGUUUGCAAUUCCGAUUUCUGUUAAUGAAGAUUCCACAUGCAACAUACGUACCGGCAGUGAACUGGCGGAACUUCUUGUGCAAACAAAGUUGAUAAUAUGGGACGAAGCCCCCAUGAUGCAUAAAUUCUGCUUUGAAGCCCUGGAUCGAACUAUGCGGGAUUUGAUGCGCUUCAUAAAUCCAAUGAGUUCUAAUAUGACAUUCGGUGGUAAGACAGUUGUUUUGGGGGGCGAUUUCAGGCAAAUUUUACCAGUCAUUCCAAAGGGUACUAGACCGGAUAUAGUUAGAGCGAGCAUUAGCUCAUCCUAUCUAUGGAAAUCCUGUAAAGUCCUAAGGCUGACUAAAAAUCUACGUUUGAAGAGUGUUCAAUCAGAAACCGAGUGCAAGGAGAUCGAGGAAUUUGCAAAAUGGAUAGCUAAUAUAGGUGAUGGAAUUAUUGGGUGUCAACUUGAGGGGGAGUCAGAGAUUACUGUUCCUGAAGAUUUGUUGUUGAAGUGCGAAGAUGACCCUAUUGCUACAAUUGUUGAUAGCCAAUUUCUGACUGGAAAUUGCCGAUUUGUCAUAUCUUAA